AUGCACACAAGCAGCAACCCACUGGAGGCGGAGACCCAGGAGAAGCUGAACCAGCUGAUCAAGUGCUGGUGGGUGGGGGACCGCACCUAUAUGGCCCUGCAAGCCGCCUGUCAGGGCGACAACGCCAUGCCCGGCUUCGCUGACUACUUCCACCUGCUGGGCAUUCGAUGCCGUGUUCAGGCGGAACUCACCACCAAGUAUGUGACUCUGCGCGGCGGUAAACUCAAGAUGGACACCUAUGGGCCAAUCACGGACGUUGAUCUGAUGUACUACAUUGGGAAGAAGAUGAUGCGACAUCAGACGCGCUCAAUCUACUGGGCUGCGAGGCACAUCACUGGCCUGGAGAACAGCAACAGCGCCUACCUGUACGAUCGGCUGACGAUGCGACCGCUGGUAGCGCGGAUGACGCGCGACAUCUACGCCCACCGUAGCUCAAAGUGGGCAGCCAUGACCAUGCAAAUGAUGAGCCCAGCUGAGAGGGCGUUUAUGGAGAACGACGAAACGACAGAACGACAAUGUCAAUAA